ACAGGGGAGGGCGCAGGGAAGGGUUUUUCCAGGUUUCUAUGUGCGGCGCGGCACAGGAGAUCGAACAAUCAUCGAGAGACGGCAGCCAUUACAGCCUCACUACCGGCAUUCUCCCGCCGCUCGGAGCUCGGAGCAACCGCAGAGUGAAGCUCCGCCAGUUUAUCAUCUCUCCUUACGAUCGCCGCUACAGGUCAUGGGAGACCUUUCUGGCUGUUCUGGUCAUCUAUAUUGCUUGGGUGUCUCCUUUUGAAUUCGGUUUUCUAGAAAAACCAUCAUGGCCUCUCACUAUCACUGAUAACAUUGUGAAUGGUUUCUUUGCAAUUGACAUAGUUCUCACUUUCAUUGUGGCAUACAUGGAUAAAACCACAUACCUUCUUGUUGAUAACCCAAGACAAAUUGCAUGGAGGUAUACAAGAACUUGGUUCAUAUUUGAUGUCAUUUCCACAAUCCCUUCAGAAAUCGCUUAUAAGAUUUCACCAAAUCAUUUAAGCCUAUAUGGCUUAUUCAGUAUGCUUCGCCUCUGGCGGCUCCGUAGAGUUAGUGCACUAUAUGCCAGGUUGGAGAAAGAUAAGAAUUUCAAUUAUUUUUGGGUUCGGUGUGCAAAACUUAUUUGUGUUACUCUUUUUGCGGUUCAUUCUGCUGGGUGCUUCUAUUAUCUCAUUGCUGGUCAUUAUCAUGACCCUAAAUACACUUGGAUUGGGGUAUCACUGGGGGAAGAUUUCCAUAAGAGGAGCAUAUGGACCCGCUACAUUACUUCUAUCUAUUGGUCAAUCACAACUCUCACGACGACUGGUUAUGGUGACCUGCAUGCUGAGAAUACUCAGGAGAUGAUAUUUACCGUGUUCUACAUGCUUUUUAACUUGGGUCUGACAGCAUACUUAAUAGGAAAUAUGACGAAUUUAGUAGUCCAUCGUACAAGCAAGACAAGACAAUUUAGAGAUGCAAUUCAAGCUGCCUCAAGUUUUGCACAGAGAAAUCAGUUGCCUACUCGCCUCCAAGAUCAGAUGCUUGCUCACUUGUGCUUGAAAUUUAGAACAGACUCAGAGGGGCUGCAGCAGCAAGAGACUCUUGAUUCCCUUCCCAAAGCCAUCCGGUCAAGCAUAUCACACUUUCUGUUUUACUCCUUGAUUGAUAAAGUCUAUCUUUUUCGGGGAGUAUCAAAUGAUUUACUCUUCCAGCUAGUCUCAGACAUGAAAGCAGAGUACUUUCCCCCCAAAGAGGAUGUAAUUCUGCAGAAUGAAGCACCAACAGACUUCUAUAUUCUUGUGUCAGGAGCUGUGGAUCUACUUGAUUACAGAAAUGGAGUUGAACAGGUUGUUGGGGAGGCAAAGACGGGUGAUCCUUGUGGUGAGAUUGGGGUUCUUUGUUAUAGGCCUCAGCUAUUCACAGUACGCACUAGAAGAUUGAGUCAGCUUCUACGAAUGAAUCGUACUGCAUUUCUAAAUAUUGUUCAGGCUAAUGUUGGAGAUGGAACCAUAAUUAUGAAUAACCUCCUCCAGCAUUUGAAGGAUUCAAGGGAUCCAAUUAUGGAGGGAGUCCUCUUAGAGACAGAGAACAUGUUAGCACGUGGUAGAAUGGACCUACCUCUCACCCUUUGCUUUGCAGCGCUUAGAGGAGAUGAUUUGUUGUUGCACCAUUUGUUGAAACGGGGCCUUGACCCAAAUGAAUCUGACAACAACGGGAGAACAGCUCUUCAUAUAGCAGCAUCUAAAGGAUAUGAGAAUUGUGUACUUCUUCUGCUGGACUUUGGGGCCGAUCCCAACAUUAGAGAUACAGAAGGGAGAGUACCAUUAUGGGAGGCCAUCUUGGGAAAGCAUGAAUCAGUGAUUAGGCUAUUGGUAGACAAUGGCGCUGAAUUACGAUGUGGUGAAAUAGGCCAAUUUGCGUGCAUUGCAGCAGAGGAAAACAACAUGGACCUACUCAAAGAAAUUGUACGCUGGGGAGGGGAUGUAACAUGCCCAGGAAGCAAUGGAUCCACAGCGCUCCAUUUUGCAGUGUGUGAGGGCAACCUGGAGAUGGUCGAGUACCUACUCGAACAGGGGGCUGAUAUGGACAAACCAGAAGAAGAUGGGUGGACCCCGAGGAGCCUGGCUGAACAGCAAGGACAUGAGGACAUAAAUCAACUGUUCGAAUCCAAGAAAGAGAACAAAAACCAAUCUGUUAACGUUACAGUACCCGAAGAAAGGAAUAGAGUUCGGUUUCUAGGGAGGUUCAAGAGUGAGCCAACCAUCCCCCAUGCUACAUUUCCAGCAACUGAUGGGUCGUGGAGUCGUUCAUCACGCCACAGGCGGAGGACUAGCACCUUUCACAACUCAUUGUUUGGCAUUAUGUCAGCUGCCCAGAAUGGGGGCCAUGGCUUGAUGUUUCCCAUGAACGCAGCUGCAAAAUCUGGAAGAGCGAAGACUUACGUUGCUAGAGUAACCGUGAGUUGUCCUGAGAAAGACGAUGUUGCUGGGAAGAUCAUAUUGCUUCCUAAAAGCUUCCAGGAGCUACUUCAAAUUGGUGUUAAGAAAUAUGGAUUCUUGGCAGCAAAAGUUGUGAGCAAAGAGGGAGCUGAGAUUGAUAGUAUAGAGUUGAUCAGAGAUAAUGAUCACUUAGUUUUUAUAAGUGAUGGUAAAACUAAUGAAACUAUACACCAAAAUGGGGGGUAAUUAAAUGAGAUAAAAUGUAAUUCACAAAGAUACUAUCUAUUUUACCCUUCUUUUUCCAUCUGUUACGAGGAGAGUUUUUAGUAGUUUUUCCCUCCUCUUUCAUAAAUGCUGUUGUUACAGAAUACACACACACACACAUAUGAGUCUUUGUACAGAAU